AUAUAUAUUUCAGAUGUAAUUCCAUGGUUGGAAAGGAGGGUGGACGUCAGAUUCUUAAUUUAGGAAGUGGAUGUUGGAACAUCGGAAUAAUACUUCACGAAUUAUGCCACGCUAUUGGAUUGUAUCACGAACAUAAUCGACCAGAUCGUGAUAAAUAUAUAAAAAUUUUAUGGAAUAAUAUUACAGAUGAAUUUAAGACGGAAUUUCAGUUGUACGAUAAGAAUAUCUUGAGAAUAUGUGACCAUUAUAGUUACGAUAGCAUUAUGCAUUAUGGUCCUAAAUCCUUCGCUAAAGAUGGUAAAAUAAGUUUAAUGCCAAUUCUUCCAAAUGUUACCAUUAAAGAAGUUUACGAAUGGCAAAUUUUGUCAGAAUCCGACAUCGAAUGUAUUAACAAGUUAUACAAAUGCAAAUAAAUUCUGAUGUAAAUAUAUAAAUAAAAUUUAGUUCAUUAUGUGAAUUUUAAUGCUA